CGGUCCGACCCGCCCGCCGUCCGCGCGGGCCCCUGAACCCACUUCCGCCGCCACCCAGCGCCUAUGCACUUCUCGCCGGCCGACCAUGCCCGCGGGCGUGCCCUUAUCCACCUACCUGAAAGUGUUCGCGGCCAGCCUCCUGGCCAUGUUCGCAGGCGCCGAGGCGGUGCAUAGGUACUACCGGCCCGACCUGACAAUACCUGAAAUUCCACCAAAGCCUGGAGAACUCAGAACAGAGCUUUUGGGGCUGAAAGAGAGAAAACAGGAACCUCCAGUUUCUCCGCAGUAGAAACUUCAUAAUAUAACUAUGCCGAGAAUUCUGUGAAUAAUAUUAUGUCUUAAAUAUGUGCUUUUUAAAUUUAUUGAGUCUAACUACUUGCUUCUCCUUAAGCACCUAAUCCAAUAUAACUACAAGAGGAGCUGCUCAUUGGAUAUUAACUGAUACAUUGAAGUUUAAUUAUGGUUUGACCAACAAUUCUCUUGAAAACUGCCAAAAUGCAUAUCAUCAGCUCCUUGAAUGUGGUUGGGAAGAUAUUUAGUCUUGACUGUUAUGUGAGAUAAGAGUAUUUGCACUAUCCUCUGCUGUUAUAAUUCUGGUUUACUUCUAUGAAUAUGCCUGACUAUAAUAGCAAGUGGGAAUUAUAAAUUAAGUAUAAUAAAAGUGAUAUUGACAAUACUUAUGGUGUUAAGUUAAUAUUUGUCUAAACAUUGGAAAGUACUAUUUGUACUAAACUGUAUUAAGUUAAAAUAUUUAAAGUUUGAAAUUCUUUUGGAAUUGUGUACAUAACAAAAUUAUAAUAUUUGUGACUUGGUCUGUCACAAGUUCCUUAUCCCCAAAUUUGAGAAACCCUCCAAAUUUAAGAAACCAAAGUAAAAUUGGCAUUUAAUUUUUCUUAUAAAACAUAUUUAAAAAUAACUAAAGAACUUAAAUGAAUAUUGUAUGGGUAGAAUUGUGUUCCCUAAAAAGAUGUUGAAGUCCUAACUGUUAACUGUAUUAACAGUACCUGUGAAUAUGACUUUAUUUGAAAGUAGGGUCUUUGCAAAUGUAACCAAGUUCAGAUGAGGUCCUUAGGGUCGGCCCCAAUCAAUAUGACUGUUGUCUUUAUAAGAAGAAAAUGUCAUGUAAAGACACAGACACAGAGGGAGAAUAUAUGUGACAACAAAGGCAUUGAUUGGAGUGAAGCAGCUGCCAGCCAAGGAACACCAAGGACUGAGGGCCAACACCAGAAGCUAGGAAAAGAUACCAGUGAUCCAGUUCCAGAAUGAAGGGCUGGGGCUUUGCUCACCUUUUGCGUGAAGAAAGGACCUGCCCCUCAGGGCCAGUUUGUGCACAAUGGGAGGACCCUUGUGCCAUGGAUGAAUGCAGUGGACCAUACUUUAGAAGCAUACCCAUACCUUCCUUUUACAGGUAUAGAGUAAACGGUCUGGCUACUGAGGGAAAGAGACAUGGCUUGAACCCAAGUCUUUUACUAGAUAAUGACUUCAUGAAGGUAAAAAAUAAAUUUUAUAAUAUUAAAAAUCUA